AAAUAAGUGAAACCAUGGUUACAAAUAUGGGGAUGUUAAUCCUUUGAUAAAUUUCUCAAGUUGGCAUGUGCAAGUAUUAAUUAAUUUAUAAAGUACUCCAAAUUCCAUCUACAAUGUUGUCUAGGCUCAGGGUAGCCACGCUCAAGGUUCACGACGGUGUCCGGUCCCUUCACCACCACGGCCUCCAAGUCGUGUCAGAGGCUCGGAUCUUCCCCCUGGUGUCGGUUAUCCAGAGACCCUACCAUUGGUCCGGGGAUUCAAAAUUAACAGCCGGCUCCUUGGCCUCGGAAUUGGUGCGUUCUUAUGCAUCCAAGGCCUCUUCGGCCUCUUCCAAGGGUAAACCCAAGGCAGCAAAGAAGGACAGUAAGAGUUCGAGCUCUUCAGGAGGGAAGAAGAAGAAGAAGCCAUGUCCCAAAAAGGAAGUUGAGGUGAAGAAGGAGGAAAAGAAAAAGACUUGUGAAAAGAAAAAGUACACGCCAAAGUGUAGAUAAAUGUUUGGUACCUGAGCUAAAUAUUUGAAAAUUAUAGUAUAAUACUUAAAUUUUGAAUAUAUCCGUCCACCUUUA